UGAGCCGCGCGGCUGGCUGGCUGGCUGGCUGCCCCUCUCCCUCUCCCUCUCUCCCCCCCAUUGCAGCGCCUCGCUCGGCUGCCUCCUCCUCCUCCUCUUCCUCCGCGGCGCCCCCCAGCCCGAGCCAGGCAGAAGCUCCGCGCUGCAGUUCUGCGCAAAGGAGCAAAGCGGCGGCGGCGGCGACGAAUCGAAGUUUCCGCGCGACCCGGAGCUCCCCGCGUGACCCGAUCCGCGGGUGGGCAGGCAGGCAGCCAGCCAGGCAGGCGGAGGGAGGGAGGGCCAGCGCGCCUCCUCCUCCUUCUCUGCCUGCCCGCCUUGCUUCCUUCCCACCCUCCUUCUUUCCUUCCCUCCUUCUUCCCACGCGGGGAGGGCGAGAGCGACCCUCGGCGGGCGGACGCGGCGGAUCCCUCCCCGGCUGGACUGGCGAGCGAGCGAGCGAGAGGCGAAGGAGGGGCGGAAGAAACGGGGGGACCCCGCCGGCGCCCCACCUUCUUUCCAGCAGCAGUAGCAGCAGCAGCACAGCCGCCCCGCGGUUGCGCCGAUGCCGGCCCGGCUAGUUGGGUGGUGGUAGCAGUCGCGGACCGGGCCAGCAGCUGCGGACUCGAACCCCGAGCCAGCGAGCGACCAUGGGGCGACCCGCCGCUCCGACAGUCUUCCUCUUGCUCCUGGGGCUUCUGGCCGCCUCGCUCGCCGGCUUCCCCAACACCAUCAGCAUAGGAGGACUUUUCAUGAGAAACACUGUCCAGGAGCACAGCGCAUUCCGAUUUGCUGUGCAGUUGUACAACACAAACCAAAAUUUCACAGAAAAGCCGUUUCAUUUGAACUACCAUGUGGAUCAUCUGGAUUCUUCUAACAGUUUUUCAGUGACCAACGCAUUCUGUUCCCAGUUCUCCAGAGGAGUCUAUGCCAUCUUUGGAUUCUAUGACCAGAUGUCAAUGAACACGCUGACGUCCUUUUGUGGGGCACUGCACACGUCCUUCAUCACGCCCAGCUUUCCAACCGAUGCUGAGGUGCAGUUCGUCAUCCAGAUGCGGCCGGCUCUGAAAGGGGCCAUCCUAAGCCUUCUGACCUACUAUAACUGGGAAAAAUUCGUAUAUCUCUAUGACACUGAACGAGGUUUUUCCAUCCUCCAAGCUAUUAUGGAAGCUGCUGUGCAGAAUAAUUGGCAAGUGACGGCCCGAUCCGUGGGAAACAUCAAAGAUGUUCAGGAGUUUAAGGCGAUCAUUGAGGAAAUGGACAAGCGGCAAGAGAAGAAAUACUUGAUAGAUUGUGAAGUGGAAAGAAUAAACGUCAUUUUGGAACAGGUUGCAGCCCUCAGUAAAAAUUCCAGAAGUUAUCACUACAUGCUUGCUAACCUGGGCUUUACAGACAUCUCGGUAGAAAAAGUGGUCCAGGCUGGGGCCAAUGUAACCGGAUUUCAGAUUAUUAAUAAUGACAACCCAUUGGUCCAACAAUUUAUGCAGCGUUGGGUGAGACUUGAUGAAAGGGAAUUUCCUGAAGCCAAAAAUUCUCCAUUAAAGUAUACAUCUGCAUUGACCCAUGAUGCGAUCCUUGUUAUAGCGGAAGCGUUCCGGUACCUCCGAAGGCAGCGGGUAGAUGUAUCCCGGAGAGGAAGUGCUGGAGAUUGUUUAGCAAACCCAGCUGUGCCUUGGAGCCAAGGGAUUGAUAUUGAGAGAGCAUUGAAGAUGGUUCAGGUUCAAGGAAUGACAGGAAAUAUCCAGUUUGACACCUAUGGACGUAGAACCAAUUAUACGAUUGAUGUGUAUGAAAUGAGACCUGGCGGGCCACGAAAGGCUGGUUACUGGAAUGAAUAUGAGCGAUUUGUGCCUGCAAUCGAUCCUAGUGUUUCCAACGAUACAUCCUCAGUGGAGAACAGAACCAUUGUGGUGACUACCAUCCUUGAAGCACCCUACGUGAUGCGCAAGCAGUCUCCUGACCAGAAGGAAGGGAAUGAGAAAUACGAAGGCUAUUGUGUUGACCUUGCUUACGAAAUUGCAAAACAUGUUGGGAUUAAAUAUGUCCUGUCUAUUGUCCCUGAUGGGAAGUAUGGAGCAAAGGAUCCUGAGACUAAAAUGUGGAAUGGCAUGGUGGGUGAACUGGUCUAUGGGAGAGCAGAUAUAGCUGUUGCCCCACUGACCAUAACCCUGGUCCGAGAAGAAGUCAUAGAUUUUUCCAAACCUUUUAUGAGCUUGGGCAUUUCUAUCAUGAUCAAGAAGCCCCAGAAAUCUAAACCAGGGGUCUUCUCCUUUCUGGAUCCUUUGGCCUAUGAAAUUUGGAUGUGUAUAGUCUUUGCGUACAUUGGCGUCAGCGUAGUUCUGUUUCUAGUCAGCCGAUUCAGUCCUUACGAGUGGCAUUUGGAAGAUAACCAGGAAGAGCCUCGGGACCCUCAAAAUCCUCCUGAUCCGCCCAAUGAAUUUGGAAUAUUUAACAGCCUUUGGUUUUCCCUGGGUGCCUUUAUGCAGCAAGGAUGUGAUAUUUCUCCAAGGUCUCUCUCAGGGCGAAUCGUCGGAGGCGUUUGGUGGUUCUUCACCCUCAUCAUCAUCUCCUCCUACACUGCCAACCUGGCUGCCUUCCUCACGGUUGAAAGGAUGGUGUCCCCUAUUGAAAGCGCUGAAGACUUGGCUAAGCAGACCGAGAUCGCCUAUGGAACCUUGGAUUCCGGCUCGACCAAAGAAUUUUUUAGAAGAUCCAAAAUUGCUGUGUAUGAGAAAAUGUGGUCAUACAUGAAGUCGGCAGAGCCCUCGGUGUUUGCCAAAACCACGGCCGACGGGGUGGCCCGCGUGCGGAAAUCAAAGGGAAAGUUUGCAUUCCUGCUUGAGUCCACCAUGAACGAGUACAUUGAACAGCGAAAGCCCUGUGACACAAUGAAAGUUGGUGGGAACCUGGAUUCCAAAGGCUAUGGUGUAGCAACUCCUAAAGGCUCAGCAUUAAGAACUCCUGUAAACCUUGCAGUAUUGAAACUCAGUGAACAAGGCAUCUUAGACAAGCUGAAAAACAAAUGGUGGUACGAUAAAGGUGAAUGUGGUGCCAAGGAUUCCGGAAGCAAGGACAAGACAAGUGCACUCAGCUUGAGCAAUGUGGCAGGGGUUUUUUAUAUACUCGUUGGAGGCCUUGGCCUUGCCAUGACGGUGGCCUUGAUAGAGUUCUGUUACAAGUCUCGAGACGAGUCCAAACGAAUGAAAAUCACAAAGAACACACAAAACUUUAAGCCUGCUCCUGCUCCCAAUACCCAGAAUUAUGCAACGUACAGAGAAGGAUACAACGUGUACGGAACAGAAAGUGUAAAGAUCUAGUGGUAUGGCUAAAGGUUGAAUCCUGCAUUUAUCAUGGCUUGCAAAGGGAGGAACAACUGAGAUUCCCAGUUACUUCAGUGAUCCUGGUCACCUGAGCCAAUUUUACUUUCUCCCAGGUGUCGGUUUUGACACAAUACUGAUGAUGGUGCAAUGAACUUUUCAUAGGAUUCUUUUUUUUUGUUUUUCCUUCAGUGCCUUAACAGGAGAUUCUUAAGACUUUAGAAACAAUGCAAACCAUCAAAAAAAAAAAUAUUUUUUGCUUUGCUUGAAAAAACAAACAAAACACGGCAAGAGACUAGCCCGUUGAGCAGACAAUAUUCGUAAAGGCAGAGACGGAGAGAGACAGAGAGAAAAGACGUGGAAAGUAUUCUUGUAAAAACAAAAGAAGGAAGGAAGGAAGGAAGGAAGAAAGAAUAAAAAUCAAAACAUUCAACAGAAGCCAUUCUUUGAUACCACUGCACAGAAAACAUGGACAAUGUUUGGGGGGGGGGAAGGAAGGGUUUUCAAGCCCCCUCUUGCUCUGCUUAUUAAAAAGUUAAGCUGUUCCUAAUACACCUCAGAAUUCCACUGCUUAAUCUUCCCGGGAUGGUCUGUUCAAUGAAAUUUGAGAUAUUGUCAUGCUAUUUUUCUGCAAUUUUAUUCUUUCCAGGAUUCUCUUUUUACCAUCGCUACUGUAGACCUCAGUGUUUUAAGGAAACAUUUCAUUUCCAUUGUUCUAUUCUUUGGAGAGAGAGAUCAAGUGGGCAGGCAGGUGUCCCAGCCAUUUUAGAGAUCACCUCCAAGUGCUUUCUUAAAUAAUAAAAUAAUAAUGAUAAUCGACAGAUCUGGUAGAGCUUUGGGAAUAACCAACCCAAAUGUUGUUCUCCAUGAUCUUAGAAAUGUACUUAUAUUUCUUCAGAACAAAACUGAUUAUCGCUGAAUAUUGAAAUGACAGACCGGAGAGAAACAAGUUGGCCCUCAUUGUGCUGUUAGAAACCCUGCUGUCUGUCUCUUUACACCUUUGGAUUGUCGUUUAAACAGGUAAUUUUAGCACUGCGCUCAGAAGAAGCAGUUGUGUUCAUCCUUGUUUUGCAACAAAAGAGAGGAAAAACAAAAGGACAGAGAGGUACUUUAACAGGGACCAGUUUCUGUUGUCUGUUGUAGUUAUUCUCAGCUGCUUCCUGCAGCUGCUUACUUUUUCUUUCUUUUUUUUUAAAAAAAAGAAAAAGAAAAAGUCAUCUUGAGUUUUAUAAAGACUAUAAUGCAUUCCAGAAUUCAACACUCAAGAUGGUGAGUUGAGCGUUACUGCCUUACAGUUUUUUCAGAUGUAACAAGUGUUCAGGAUGUGAAUCUGUCCAAAAUCAACUUAAGUUGGAGGGCUCAAUGGUAGGGCUGGAGGAUAAAAAAAAUAAAAACCAGGUUUAAUCACCGAUGAUUCUAAUUAAAUAGCUUGCAGGUUUACAGAGUCGGGGAUGAAGGUCUUGGGAUAAUGGGAGGUGAAAAAGCGUAGGCAGAAUUGUGCAAAAUGAAUCAGGCUGGUUUCAAAUGGCAAAAUGGAGCCACCUCCUUCCAUUUGGUCAUCCAUCCACCAAAAAGGUUAAACCACUGAUAAGUUUCAAAAAAGGAGGAAAAAAACAAACGCCUACUAAUCACCUCUAAUAUGAAAUGGCAGUGUGUGCGGCAAAAUAGCUCGGCAACAUUUCAUUCCAUUAAUGACACACUGGAUAUUAAUUACAUUUAAAAAUGACGAUAAGACAUAGAGAUAGAUAUAUAUUUUUUUUCUUCAAAAUUAAAAAAAACACAGAUGUUUGAAAUAAGUCACUGGAAAUAUAUUUGAUAGCUUAUUCAAAGGAAGAAAAAAAGAUCUUUAAUGAUAUAUUUGAUAGUUCAUUAUAAGACGAGGGAUAGCCUAUAGAAAUAAAAUGGGGGAAAUGCUGAUUUCAUUUUCACAAAAAUGUAACAUUAAACAACAACGACAAAAAAAAAAGUAACUCAAGAAACAUUUCUCCUGUAGAACAAGCUGGCACUCGUGUUUUUUUUUUUUAACAGAGAUAUUAAGCAAAAACAAACUGCUUUUUCCUGAAACUGUGAUAUUAAAUUUCUGAAUGCUAUAAUAUUCCAGCAAAAGGAAAUGCAAAAUGCUGUGCAAAAACAUGUUGUAUUUAAGUAAAAAAAAAUGACAAAAACAAAAAAAGGGGAAAAAGACAUUUUCAUAGAAGCUGUAUAAAAAGAAAUGUAUGUUUAUCAAAUGAAAAUAACUUUUUUUCAGAGCGAAGGCUUCAUGCUAGUGAUAAGUUUGGUCAAUGGGUUGUAAUUUUUAAAAACGUGCAUGUUAAUUUAAAAAUGGGGAAAACAAGUUAUCAAUUGCUUAAAAAAAAUCUGCUAGUAAUUUCAAGCUGUGCAGAUGAAGCAGCAUUUCAAAGGCAUUUUUAAAACUGUUUUGGUUUUCUCUUUCCUCUCAUUUGCCUUUUUUUUUGGUCCGAAAAGUAAUUUUAGGUUGCUUCUUGAUCGGUUGUUAAAAAUUGCACUUCACGAACAGAAGAAAAAAAAAAGAAAAAAAACCCCUUGCCAAACAAACUUCUGGCUGACAAGUGUAUACUGCAUGUGUGAGCAUCAAUUCCUGAGCCUCAUUUGAAUGAGGCAUUGUACAAAGAGUUUUAAUACAUUUUGUAAAUAAAAUUGUAAAGGAAAGA